AUGGCAGUCGGAACUCCUAUUUGGUACGACUACCUCUUCAAGCUUCUCCUCAUCGGUGAUUCCGGUGUUGGAAAGUCUUGCCUUCUGUUGCGAUUCGCCGACGACACAUACACCGAGUCCUACAUCUCCACCAUCGGUGUCGACUUUAAAAUCCGCACGAUAGAGCUCGAUGGAAAGACGGUGAAGCUGCAAAUCUGGGAUACUGCCGGCCAGGAGCGUUUCCGCACCAUCACUUCCUCCUACUACCGUGGCGCCCACGGCAUCUGCGUCGUCUACGAUGUCACCGACAUGGACUCUUUCAACAACGUCAAGCAAUGGCUUCAGGAGAUUGACAGAUACGCCACUGAGGGGGUCAACAAGCUGCUCGUUGGCAACAAGAGCGAUAUGUCUGACAAGAAGGUUGUCGAGUACACCGUCGCCAAGGAAUUCGCCGACAGCUUGGGCAUCCCCUUCCUUGAAACCUCUGCAAAGAACGCCAGCAACGUCGAGCAGGCUUUCCUGACCAUGGCCCGCCAGAUCAAGGAGCGCAUGGGCAGCACGACCGCGAACAACACGAAACCCUCCGUACAGGUCGGCCCCGGCCACGGUGUCUCCUCGAACUCGGGAGGUGGCUGCUGCUAA